AUGAGCCAGUCUGGCUCCUUAAAACGGAAACAACAGCCUACCAUCUCGAGCUUCUUUAGUAAAGCUUCGUCGUCCCCAAGUGGAACUGAAAACAGGAAGACCUCGCUCAAUGGGCUUGGGUGCGGGGACAAGAAAUCCAAGGAGGAUAACAGGCUGGGCCUGAACGGUGGAGAGAGGACGGACUCCGUGGAUGAGGAUGAGGACGACGAUGUGCUUCCGUCACGAAAGAGAAUCAAGAGCAGACAGGCUUCGAUUGAGAGAAGCGGAGCACUGAGUUCAACUUCCCCGGUACACGAGAGCAAGUUUCUGCAGAGUUCACAGAAGUCAGUGCCGAGCUCAUCACGAACGGAACAGUUUCGAUUUCGCAGUUCGCCGGUACAAGCUCUAGCAGACAAAGAUGCGGAACCCGCGAAAUUGGAAGAUGCAAAGGAACUCAGAAGAAGGGAAGAUUUACAUCGGAAAUUCGUUAGGAGACUGGGUGGUCCGGAUUGUCUCCCAUCGUUCAACCAUAAACCGAGUCCGAAUGCAGCAGUGGCUGAAGAAGAGGAGGGCGGGGAAGAAGCUUUGGACGAGGAAGACCCUCCUCCACCUCCGACGAAAGGCCGAGGAGUAAAGAAAGCGACUUCUACGAAGUUGACGCCAUUGGAAAAGCAGGUUAUUGACAUCAAGAACAAUCACAAGGAUACGCUGCUUGUCGUGGAGGUUGGGUAUAAAUUUCGCUUUUUUGGCGAGGAUGCGAGGAUCGCAGCGAAGGAGCUGAGUAUUGUGUGCAUACCCGGGAAAAUGAGAUUUGAUGAGCAUCCUUCCGAAGCUCAUUUGAACCGAUUCGCAUCCGCUAGUAUUCCCGUUCACAGAUUACAUGUCCAUGUGAAGCGGCUUGUUAGGGCAGGGCAUAAGGUUGGCGUCGUUAGGCAGCUUGAGACUGCUGCUUUGAAGGCUGCGGGUGAUAACCGAAACGCACCCUUUGAAAGAAAACUCACGAAUCUCUACACCAAGGGAACCUAUAUUGAUGAUACAGAGGAGCUCGAAGGCUUGAACGCUCCCGGAGCCAACAAUGCAGCUCCAGCUACUGGCUACUUACUUUGCAUGACAGAAAGCAAUGCGAAAGGCUGGGGCAACAAUGAGAAGGUCCAAGUUGGUAUUGUGGCUGUCCAACCUGCUACCGGGAAUAUCAUCCACGACAGCUUUGAAGACGGAUUUAUGCGCACUGAAAUUGAAACCAGGCUUUUACACAUAGCGCCCUGCGAAUUUCUCUUAGUCGGAAACGUCACGAAAGCGACGGAUAAACUUGUGCAGCAUUUAAGUGGGAGUAAGAUGAAUGUUUUUGGGGAUAAAGUACGAGUCGAGCGAGUUUCAAAACCCAAAACUGCAGGUGCUGAAUCGCAUAAUCAUGUGUCGAGUUUCUAUGCCGGGAGGAUGAAGGCGACGGGCAUAACCCAUGAUGAGAGGGCGAGCACCCUGUUAGAGAAGGUCUUGAGUCUUCCAGAGGAUGUCACCAUCUGUCUCUCCGCUAUGAUCAAACACUUAACCGAAUACAAACUGGAAAAUGUGUUUGAUCUCACGAAGUAUUUCCAGUCAUUCUCCGCAAGGUCCCACAUGCUCUUGAACGGCAAUACAUUAACCAACCUAGAAAUCUACCAUAACCAAACAGAUCAUACUUCCAAAGGGAGCCUGUUCUGGAGUCUCGAUCGUACUAAAACAAAGUUUGGGCAACGAUUGCUGCGGAAAUGGGUGGGGAGGCCGUUACUGGAUAAAAAAGAACUUGAAGAUAGAGUCACAGCUGUUACGGAGCUGAAGGAUUCUGAUUCAACUCCCAGAGUUGGCCGAUUAAAGACCCUUUUGUCUAAAGUUAAAACAGAUUUGGAGAAGAACCUUCUCCGGAUAUACUAUGGAAAAUGUACUCGACCAGAGCUUCUCACGGUACUCCAUACGUUGCAAUUGAUAGCAACGGAAUUUGCACACAUAAAGUCGCCGGCAGAUGCUGGUUUCACAUCAUCAACAAUCAACGAAGCUAUCGCAACAUUGCCGGUUGUUCUGGACGAUGUGAACUCAUACCUAAACAAAAUCAACUUGCAUGCUGCGAAGACCGAUGAUAAAUUUACCUUUUUCCAGGAAUUGGAGGAAACCGACGAGAUUACCGAGCAGAAGCUUGGUAUAGGGAGCGUGGAGCAUGAGCUGGAGGAAUAUCGCACUGCAGCCGCAGAGAUACUGGGUAAAAAGAAAGUACACUACUCUACAACCGCCGGGAUUGAGUAUCUGAUCGAGGUGGAAAAUUCGUCUUACCAAUUAAAGAAAAUUCCGGCUUCAUGGCGCAAGAUCAGUGGCACGAAGAAAGUCUCCCGUUUUCAUCCGCCGGAAGUAGUUAGCCUGAUGCGACAGCGGGACCAGCACAAGGAGGCGCUUGCAGCCGCCUGUGAUAAGGCUUUUAUCAGCCUUCUGGCGGAUAUUUCCUCCAAAUACCAACCUUUCCGUGAUUGUAUUCAGGCUCUAGCAACCCUUGAUUGCCUCAUGUCUCUAGCAGCUAUAGCUGCCCAACCUGGGUAUUCGCGGCCCACAUAUACGGACGAAACCCGAAUUAGUGUACGCGAAGGGCGGCAUCCCAUGGUGGAACAACUUCUCCUGGAUGCCUAUGUCCCAAAUGACAUUGAGUUAAGCACCAAUGAAACACGUGCCUUGCUUAUCACAGGCCCUAAUAUGGGUGGGAAAUCCAGCUACGUACGGCAAGUAGCCCUGAUAGCUAUCAUGGGCCAGAUAGGUUCCUAUGUACCAGCAGAAUCGGCAACACUUGGAAUGCUUGAUGCAGUAUAUACCCGUAUGGGGGCUUUCGAUAAUAUGCUUGCCGGGGAAUCGACAUUUAUGGUUGAACUCUCUGAGACCUCGGAUAUACUCAAACAAGCUACUCCAAGAUCUCUCGUGAUCCUCGACGAAUUGGGUCGUGGUACAUCUACUCACGACGGCGUGGCCAUUGCCCAGGCCGUAUUAGAUUACAUGGUCCGGAAUAUUCGCAGCCUUACGCUAUUCAUCACUCAUUAUCAAAAUCUGAGCAGCUUGGCACGUACAUAUCCGAAUGGUGAGCUACGAAAUGUACACAUGAAAUUCACUGAAGCCGGCAACGAUGGACAGGAUAUCACAUUCCUAUACGAAGUCGGAGAAGGUGUGGCGCAUCGGUCGUACGGGUUGAAUGUCGCACGGUUGGCGAACGUACCAUCAUCCGUGAUAGACGUGGCGCGCACCAAGUCGGCAGAGCUAGAGGAGAGGAUCAAACGGAAGAAAUUAGCGGGGAUUGCUAAAGGGAUAACCAAAGUUCUGGAGGGAGACAAGGGUGAAACAGGGCUGAUGGGUAGGUUGCUAAAUGAGGUCGAACAAUUAUGA